UUUAUGAUGUCACCUCUCAACAUCAAUAAUUUGAACUUACAGUGCUUACUUAAGUCCUGGCAAAUCAUAGGUGGUGGAAAUGUCUGUACCAAGAUUCCAAAAAAUAAACUUUGGAACAUAUGAUAAUUACAUUCCAGUCAGUGAAUUAAGCAAAAAAUCAUGGAAUCAGCAACACUUUGCCCUGGUAUUUCCCAAACCACCACGGCCAGGAAAAAAAAAGAGAUCAAAACCAUCUCAACUACGAGACAAUACAGCUCCUAAAUAUGAUGAAGAGAAAUUAAGAGAAGGUCCUAAACGACCGUUAUGGAUGCACAGUUCUUUAAUGAGAAUUUCUGAAAGACCAUCUGAUUAUUUAGCUGCCAGGAUAUGGCCCCAACAUAAACCAACCCAUCACCCCAAGGAGGUUGCUAAAGUAGCAGAUGUACACAAACCUGUAUCUCCAGCAAGAGGUAAGAAAGAUAAAGAACACAAGAAAGCAGACAAGAAAGAUAAAUCAGAAUCAGAAUCAGAAUCCACAGUUUCAAAGGGGCCACUAAUAACUAGGAAGGAGUCAAAGAAAGAUAAGGAUAUAGAAACAGGAACUAAAGGUGAAAAAGAUGUUGCAAAAACAGAUGUCAAAAAAGAGAAGAAACAUACAAAGAAGGGUAAGGAGUCAGCUACAGAAUCUGAAGAGGAACAAAAAGGUGCAAAAAAAGAUACCAAAAAAGAAAGAAAAGAUUCAAAGAAGGGUAAGGAGUCAGGUACAGAAUCUGAAGGUGAAAAGAAAGAUGCCAAGAAAGGUGCCAAGAAAGAAAAGAAAGAUUCAAAGGACAAGGAGUCGGGUACAGAAUCUGAAGGCGAAAAGAAAGGGGCCAUGAAAGGUGCCAAGAAAGAUAAGAAAGAUUCAAAGGACAAGGAGAUAGGUAUAGAAUCUGAAGGUGAAAAGAAAGGGGCCACAAAAGAUGCCAAGAAAGAUAAGAAAGACUCAAAGGACAAAGAGUCAGGUACAGAAUCUGAAGGUGAAAAGAAAGAUGCCAAGAAAGAAAAGAAAGAUUCAAAAAAGGGCAAGGAGUCAGGUACAGAAUCUGAAGGUGAAAAAAAGAAUUCAAAGAAAGAUGCUAAGAAAGAUAAGAAAGAUUCAAAGAAGAGCAAAGAAUCAAGUAUAGAUCCUGAAGAUGAAAAGAAGGGUGCCAAGAAGGAUAAGGAUGGGAAAAAAGAUUCAAAGAAACCGGGAGAAAAAGAUGAUGAGUCAAAAGACAAGAAAGAAUCCAAGAAAGAUGCAAAGAGAAAGGUGAGUAAAAAAGAGAAGAAAGAUGAAAAGCCCAGUGGGACAGAUAUUGAAUCAAAAGAUGAUGCCAAGAAAGAUGCCAAGAAGAAUGCCAAGAAGGAUGGCAAGAAAGAUGGCAAGAAAGAUACUGACACAGAAUCUCCUGAUGCAAAGAAGGAUGCAAAGAAGGAUACAAAGGAUGCAAAGAAGAAUGCAAAGGCAAAGAAAGGCAAGUAGGCCUUGGAUAAAAUUCAAAAGCAUGUUCGAUAGAACAAUUUUAGCAAUCUGAUACCAAAUCUAUGAGUGACAGGGGGCCUCAAAGAAUCAAAUAAUUUUUAAAAUGGAGCAAAGAAGAAUACAAAGGAAGACUCAUAAAAUCAUAAAAAUAUAAAGAAGAAAAGAAAAAUUAAGAGAUGAUUCAAUGAAGAACUUGGAGGAUACAUAUGCUAAGUUUGGGGAUAUGAAGGAUUCAAUGAAAAAUCCCUAGAAAUGUUCAAAGAAGAAUAUUCAAAUCAGGAUGUAGAAGUUAAUGACACUGGAUCUGUGGAUAGCAAAAAACAAAUAUAUCAAGACUUCAAAAAAAUCCAAGGAGGUAGACAUUCAAUCUAUACAAUCAAACGGUGAAGCUGCAUCCACAGAUUUAAAUAAAGAACUAUAGGUGUAUCAGAGGAAGUCAAAAAAAUUUCAGAAAGUCUUUCAAAUAAAUACAAAUUAAAAGUAGCAUUCUUCAAAAAAAAUACGGAAGGAAGGAAGGAAGAAAAGAAUUGCUUCCUUGAGAAACUAUACCGUCAUCCCUGAAGCGUAAACAGACAUACCAGGUUGAUGGAAAUUAAAUUCCACAUCCAAGCCAAGACAAACACACUUGAAUAUAGUAGCCAACUUCUCUCCAUUUAAGACAGGAAAAUCAAACUUUUCCAAAUUACCAAGACACUGCUAUGAAAGAAAAUAUUUGCAGUAGACGUUGUAUAAGAAGAGUGAAGUAAUAGCACCCGAGAGAGAAUAUUAUAAGAAGAUGCUAAACAGCAUAGAGAUAACUGCAAACAUGAGCAUGGAAGAACUAAGGAAAGAUAUGUAGAAAAAGAACACUUAUAAAGGUCUUUCUGGAAGUACAAGGGAACCUUGGUGAAGAUUUUUCAUGGUUUUACUAUUUAAGCUCAACCAUCAUGUCAUCAUGAAGGAGGGACAAGAAAAGAAUAUAAAACACAGAACUCAAGGCAGAAUGGGAAAGUACCAUCUCACAUCCAAAUACCAUUAAUUCUAAAAAGCAUUAGAAAAAAUGAAUUAUGCCUGGAGACAAGCUGGCAAUAACCAGAGAAGGAAGUUUCAUGGUGUAUAGAGAGGGUAAAAGAACAUGGAAUGGUGAAGUUCAGCCUUUGGAUAAAGGAAGUGAAAAAAAAAAAAAAAAAAAAAAAGCCUGGGCAUUGAAAAUGUAUUUUCAUGGAGAAAAAAGGCUUACAACCAAACCAGGAGAACAGCUUUAAUGGGAGUCAUUUGCUAAACCACCUAAAGAAAGUGAAACAAAGAUGAUCAAGAUUAUGACUAUGUGAAAUCUCCCACCCAUCAGAAGCCCUACUGUAAUUGCAUGAAAUGAUCUGGAAAAAAAAAGAAUGGCCAUCAACUAUAUUCAGCAUACUCUGUUUAUCUCUUCAGAAACUUCUCCUUCAUGAUGUUUCCCCCCAUCACCCCAGUGAAACAUGCAGACUACCAUGAAGAUAUACUAAAAAUUCUAACACCCUGGUGGAGUCUAAAAUCCCAUUCAGUUGCAAAUCUUCCUGUCAUGGGAGUUGAUUGCCAGCUCUAAUUUUGAGUGAACGCAUUAAACAUGAUGGUGAAAAUAUCAAUUAAAAAAAUCUACUCUCCAUA